UUCUCUCUCUCAUUUUUGAAUUUGCCUGAGAAAGUCUGUUGUCUUGUUUUCUUUCAGACUAACUAUGACGAUAUAUUGUGAUUGACAGCUGCCAUAGAUGUCAGAAUGUCUAUUUUCACCCCUGUCAAUCAGAAGAGACUCACCAAUGUGGCAGUGGUGCGCAUGAAGAGUCACGGGAAGCGCUUCGAGAUCGCAUGCUACCAGAAUAAAGUUUUGAAUUGGCGCGCUGGAACAGAGACAGACAUUGAUGAAGUGCUGCAGACGCCAACUGUGUUCGCAAAUGUGGGCAAGGGACAACUGGCCUCAAGCGAAGAUGUGAAGAGAGCAUUCGGCACUGAGGAGCAGCUGGAGGCGUGCAAACUCAUCCUUCACAAGGGAGAACUUCAGGUGAGUGAGCGAGAACGACAAGUGACACUAGACAGUAAGUUCCACGAGAUAGUGCAGUUGGUGACGGAGAAGACAGUGAACCCCGAGACCCAGAGACCCUACCCUAUCGCCUCCAUAGAACAGGCCCUGCGAGACGCCCACUUCGCCAUCAAGAACCACAGGAACUCCAAACAACAGGCCCUCGAAGCUAUCAAACUACUAAAAGAAACAAUUCCGAUCCAAAAAGCUCAGAUGAAGAUGCGAGUUGAGUGUAAUGCCAAAUUCUACAAACAGGUGCUAGCUGAUCUGAAGGCUCUGAACAGCACCGAGGCUACCAACCCAGGUUCUAACUCGGGUGGGGCUAGUCAAAAGUCAGGAAAACAAAACAAAAAGUCGAAAAACAAACAGCAAAAUGAAAACGAAGAAGCUACGAGUAGCAGUUCAGCCAAUCAUAGUUCGACAGAAAAGCAACCAGUCAGCAGUGGGGACGGCGGCUUAGUCGUAGAGAGUGACGAAGUUAACGGAACUGAAUGUGAAAUCAUUUUACUGAUUGACCCCGGGUUGAUUAAGAAAGUGCAAGAAACUGUUUUGAGUGUCUGUAAAGGUCAAGCUUCUUGUGAUGUUUUAUCAUUGAAAGAAACGGUUGAAGGUGACGAAAUUAUCAGCUAACUUUUUCUAUUCCAAUAAAUUAUUUUCAA